UGUAUCAAGGCAAUUUGUUAAUGAUUACAUUGAUAUUGAAUCAUAAUUGUAUUCAGCCAUGUUUCGCCGUUUAGAUUGCUUGCGCAGGACGCAGCACUUUUACUCGUUAAAAUAUGUAUCAAAUGUUGUGUUUAACCGUGAAAAAUUUGCUCGAAGACAUAUUGGACUUAACGAUGUGGAACAAGAACAAAUGCUCAAAGAACUUGGAUAUCAGAGUUUAGAAGAUCUGAGCAAGGCCGUGAUCCCAGAUAGUGUUUAUCUUCAGCAGCCACCUAAUUUAAAGUCAUUAGAUGUUAUAGAUGAACAAACUCUAGCUACUUUGGUAAAAUCAAUUGCAAAUGAAAAUCAAACAUGGAGAAGUUUUAUUGGGAUGGGUUAUCACAAUUGUUUCAUGCCUCAUGUCAUCACAAGAAACAUGUUAGAAAAUCCUGGCUGGUUGACACCUUAUACUCCUUACCAAGAAGAAAUUGGACAAGGCAGACUAGAGGGUUUAUUAAAUUUUCAGACAUUAAUAAUAGAUCUUACAUGUAUGGACGUGGCCAAUGCAUCUUUGUUGGACGAAGCCACCUCUGCUUCCGAAGCAUUAGCGAUGACUUACCGAUAUAAUAAACGAAAAUGUUGGUUCGUGGCCGAGAAUGUACACCCUCAAACGAUAUCAGUAAUACGUACAAGAGCUUCGGCUCUAGGUAUCGAGGUACAUGUCGGUAAUCUAAGCCAGACAGAUUUUAAGCCAUACAGUGGAAUAUUAUUGCAAUACCCCGAUACUUAUGGAUAUUUAUUGGAUUAUGAGGAAAUCGUAAAUAGAGCGCACAAGAACGAGGCGUUAGUUGUAUGUGCUACAGAUUUGUUGUCACUCACCUUAAUUAAAGCACCUGGUGAGUAUGGUGUUGAUAUUGUGGUUGGAAGUAGUCAGCGGUUCGGUACUCCACUUGGAUAUGGAGGACCGCAUGCUGCAUUUAUUGCGUGUAGAACACCUUUAAUGCGGUUAAUUCCUGGAAGGAUGGUUGGUGUUACCAGAGACAUAGAUGGGGACCAAGCGUACAGAUUGACUUUGCAAACUCGCGAACAACAUAUACGUCGUGAACGGGCAACAAGCAAUAUUUGCACAGCUCAGGCUUUAUUAGCAAAUUUAGUAGCUAUGUAUGCUGUCUACCAUGGACCUAAUGGAUUGAGGAAUAUAGCUGAAAGAAUACAUAAUAACACCAUAAUACUGAAGACUGCGUUAGAUGAAAUAGGUUGUAAUACUAGUAACAUUGAAUUUUUUGAUACUUUGCAUAUAAAAAGUAACACUCCACGACAGGAAAUAAUAAAUCGAUGUAAAGAAAAGAUGAUUAACCUAAGAUAUUUUAAUGACCAAUCUAUUGGCAUAUCAUUGGAUGAAACCGUAACAGCUAAAGACCUAAGUGACUUGCUAUGGAUUUUCGGAUACACCAAAAACGUAAAUCAAAUUAUAUCUAAUUGCGAAAUUUUGGAAAAUAGUGUAAGUAAAACAAAAUUUAAAAGGACCUCACAGUAUUUACAACACCCAGUAUUUAACAUUCAUCAAUCAGAAACACAAAUUGUUCGAUAUAUGAAGCAAUUGGAAAAUAAAGACGUUUCACUUGUGCAUUCUAUGAUUCCUUUAGGAUCAUGUACGAUGAAACUGAACGCUACCGUCGAACUGCUACCGCUAUCAGAACCGGGAUUUAUAAACAUCCAUCCGUUUGUACCACCUGAACAAGUUAGAGGAUAUCAGCGCCUAUUUCAAGAAUUAGAUAAUGAUCUCUGUCAACUAACUGGUUAUGACAAAAUAUCUUUUCAGCCUAAUAGUGGAUCUCAAGGAGAGUUUGCCGGCUUAUGCGCUAUAAUGAAAUAUCAUCAACACCGCGGAGAUAAUAUCAGAAAAGUGUGUUUGAUUCCUACGUCAGCACAUGGCACAAACCCAGCAUCUGCACAAAUGGCUGGAAUGGACAUACAACCAGUGUAUGUGUCUAAAGAUGGUUGCAUUGAUGUACAGCAUCUUAAAGACAAGGUUGAUGAAUUUAAAAAUCAAUUAUCGUGUAUAAUGAUCACAUAUCCAUCUACUAAUGGAGUAUUUGAAGAAUCUGUUAAGGACAUUUGUGAAUUAAUUCAUACGAAUGGUGGACAAGUUUACUUAGAUGGAGCUAACAUGAAUGCUCAAGUUGGACUUUGUCGUCCUGGUGAUAUUGGAGCAGAUGUAUCUCAUUUGAACUUACACAAGACAUUCUGUAUACCACAUGGUGGUGGAGGUCCUGGAAUGGGCCCAAUUGGAGUUAAAUCGCAUUUGAUUCCUUAUUUACCAACUCAUCCGUUAAGUCAAACUGGUGGUAAAUUUACUUUAGGCGCCAUAAGUGCAGCACCCUACGGAUCAGCCUCUAUCAUCCCUAUUUCUUGGGCAUAUAUAAAAUUGAUGGGCUCCGAAGGACUCAGAAAAGCUACUCAAGUAGCUGUAUUAAAUGCUAACUAUAUGAGUAAAAAAUUAAGUACACACUAUAAGACAUUGUUUGUUGGUACCAAAUGUGGAUUGGUAGCUCAUGAAUUUAUAUUAGAUACUAGAGAAUUAAAAAAGACCGCCAAUAUUGAUGCGACAGAUAUUGCCAAACGAUUGAUGGAUUACGGAUUUCAUGCUCCCACUAUGUCUUGGCCUGUUGCUGGUACGUUAAUGAUAGAACCUACUGAAUCUGAGAGUAAAAUAGAAUUGGAUAGGUUCUGCGAUGCCUUAAUUAGUAUAAGAGAAGAAAUUAGGCAAAUAGAAAAUGGCUCGGUUGAUCGGGAUCAAAAUGUUCUAAAGUUUGCACCCCAUACAUUAAAACAAAUUUGUAAUGAUGAAUGGAAUAAGCCAUAUUCCAGGAAAUUAGCAGCUUAUCCAAUGGGAUACGGACAAAAAGUUUGGCCAAGUGUAGGGCGUAUAGACAGCAAAUAUGGAGAUCAAAAUGUAGUUUGCAGUUGUCCAUUAGUAUUUUGAAGUUAAUAAAUACUUCAAUAUAUAUAUGGUCAUAGAUGGAACCACGAAGUGUCCCAUAUGUGUAUAGGCACAUCCUAAUGUAAAAAAAAAUUACUAAUAUAAAUGAAUAAUUCACAAAUAAAUAAUGUUUAAAACGUA